AUGGACCUGAAGGAUUCCUCGCGGGUCAAUGUGGAGGCUGAUAUAUUCGACGAACUACUGAGAUCUGCUAAAGUAUCUUUCAAGGUGUCCACUGAGCUCUCUGCUGAGAGCGAGGUGUCAGAUGCCUCCUUCGUCUCAGAAGAGGGGUUGUUCUCACCAUUCCAGCCUCUCGGCGUCAUCCUGGACAACACCCUCUCAUUCGCACCCCAUAUUCACAACAUCACCCGGACUGCAUUCUUCCACCUCCGCAACAUCGCCAGGCUCCGCCCAUCACUGACCCAAUCCAGCGCUGAAAUCCUAGUUCACUCAUUUGUCACAUCACGCAUAGACUACUGCAACGCCCUCCUCACCGGACUCCCCACCAAACUUAUCAACAGACUGCAGAUCAUUCAGAACUCAGCCGCCCGGAUCAUCACCCGCACCAAAUCAUCUGACCACAUCACCCCUGUCCUCAUUCAACUUCACUGGCUCCCAGUACACUACCGCAUCCAAUACAAAACCCUACUCCUCACCUACAAAGCUCUCCACAACCUAGCCCCCAGUUAUCUCUGCGACCUCCUCCAAGAAUACACUCCCUCCCGCUCCCUCCGCUCAACCUCUGCUGGACUACUAUGUAUCCCCACAUCACGACUCACUUCAAUGGGUGCCCGGUCAUUCAGCUGUUCAGCACCCAGGCUCUGGAACUCC